UUUGGGUGAAGAGGUGGUUGCGGACGGACAACCAGUUUUUUAUACUCAAAUAAGCUCAAUUAACAUCAUAUUUACCACAAUGAUAGGUAUUUUAAUAGCUAUUCGAAAUUCAGUAUCUAAUGAGAAAGAACAAUCCAAUUAAAGCUACUAUUUCCAGACUGUCAAUAUUGACAAGCAGUUCAGGAUGUCUAAGCGUGGAGCAGAUGAUGGGGGCAACGGCAGUGGCCAGCCCCCGAUCAAGAAGGUUCAUUUUGAACCUCACCUCAUUGGGCCAGUGUCCACUCUGGAGGAAAUGGACAUCAAAGUCCUUCAAUUUCAGAAUAAAAAGUUAGCUCAGAGAAUAGAACAACGCCAUAGGUGUGAAGCAGAAUUGCGGGCUCGGAUUGAACAGCUAGAGAAGCGACAAACUCAGGAUGAUGCCGUGCUGUGUGUUGUCAACAGAUACUGGAACUUGCUGAAUGAAGACAUCAGGGUGCUGCUGCAGAGAUUUGAUGCUGAGACUGCUGAUGAGUCAGAAAACAAAAAUGAAAAUGAAGCUACAACAUCAUUCCUCAUGCAAUUAUCAACUUGGGACAAGGAGGAGCUGGACGCCCAGUUGGCCAACCGGGUCCAAGUGAGCAAGCGAGCGGUAGCCAAGGUUCUGCAAGCGUUCGAUCGGCUGCAACAGAGGAAUGAGAAGAUAUGGAGGGCUAUUAAAGGAGAAGCCGAGGAGGGCGCCCCAACCCUGGACGAAACCAUCCGCGCGACCAACGUCGAGGUGACAGCAGAAAGCCGCCGCCUGCAGGCGCAGUGCACCGCCCUGCACGAGAAGCACCACGCCAUGACGCUCAGAGUCGCUCAACUACAAGAUGCUGUCAAUAGUCGGGAUACAGAGAACGCAGAGCUGAAGAACCAGAUUGAUGAUCUCCAGUACGAGUUGUUAAAGAUCCGGUCCCGCAACGACAAGCUAGAGAACCACCUGGCCGAGGCCAUCGAGAAGUUGAAGAGCUACCACCAGUCCGGCGCCGCCGCCACCGCCGCCGCGCCCGCGCCUGCCGUCUCCACCGUGGCCGCCGCCAAGCUCGAGGACAUCGCGGCCGAGCUGGAGGAGCAAAGAGAGUUGGCUAAUAAUCGGUUGGCGGAGCUGGAUCGCUUACACAGGCAGCAUAGGGAUGCUUUGAAGGAGGUUGAGAAGCUGAAAAUGGAUAUCCGACAACUGCCAGAAUCGGUGAUAGUGGAGACAACGGAGUACAAGUGUCUUCAGAGCCAGUUCUCGGUGCUGUACAACGAGUCCAUGCAGAUGAAGACCGCGCUCGACGACACGCGGCUGCAGCUGCAGAACGCCAAGAAUCUGCACAUGCGCCAAAUAGAGAUGAUGGAGAGUGAAGAGUUAGCCAGACAAAAAGCCCUCAGAGCCGAGAUGAUCCAACUAGAAGACGUUCUCGGACAAUUGCGGAAAGAGUAUGAAAUGCUCCGCAUAGAGUUCGAGCAGAACUUAGCAGCGAAUGAACAGACUGGCCCGAUCAACAGGGAGAUGAGGCAUCUCAUCACGUCACUGCAGAAUCACAACCAGCAGCUGAAGGGGGAGGUACAUCGGUACAAGAGGAAAUAUAAGGAUACUAGUCAAGAGUUAAAUAAGGUGCGUAAAGAGUUGGAGGAGGCGGGCGCGCGGCCCAGCACGACGUCGGACACGCACGACGAAAAACCGCUCACCGUCAAAAAGGAGGAGCCCGACCCAGAGGGCGAGGAGGCGGCGACGGCGGGGGUGGCGGCGGGCGCGGCGGAGGCCAAGUCCGCGGCCGCCAAGGACCACUCGCGGGCCCGCCUGCAGGAGCAGGACCUGCUCAUCAAGGACCUCAAGCAGCAGCUCAAGAAAGCUGUGAACGAGCAGAAAGAGUUGAAGCUCCUAUUAGACAUGUAUAAAGGCGUGAGCAAGGAGCAACGUGACAAGGUGCAGCUCAUGGCGGCCGAGCGCAAGGCGCGCCAGGAGUUAGAAGACCACCGCCAGAAGACCAAGAUGAUGCAGGAAAGCAAGCGAGAGCGGCGACUAGCAGAUGAAGACGCGCUACGCAAAAUCAAGCAGCUGGAAGAGCAGAAGUACGAGCUGCAGAAGCAGCUUUCGUGCGCGCGCCCCAACGCCGACCCGCUGCACUUCUCCCGGCCCUUCGCCGGCUCACAGGAGGAAGAAGCGUUACUAAACGAGAUGGAGGUGACCGGGCAAGCGUUCGAAGACAUGCAGGAGCAGAACUCGCGGCUCAUCCAGCAGUUGAGAGAGAAGGACGACGCCAACUUCAAGCUCAUGUCGGAGCGGAUCAAGGCCAACUCGCUGCACAAGCUGCUGCGGGAGGAGAAACAGUUGCUGCAAGAAAAGGUGGUGACACGGGACCAGCAGAUCGAGUCGAUGGGCGCAGUGGCGCGACGGCUGGAAGAGAAGGAGCGGCUGCUGCAGACCACGCUGUCCGCCGUCGAGAAGGAGCUCCUGCUCCGCCAGCAGGCCAUGGAGAUGCACAAACGGAAGGCCAUCGAGUCUGCGCAGUCCGCCGCCGAUCUCAAACUGCAUCUCGAGAAAUACCACGCGCAGAUGAAGGAAGCUCAGCAGGUGGUCGCGGAGAAAACGAGCGCGCUGGAGGCGGAGGCUUACAAAACUAAGAGAUUACAUGAAGAGCUAGCGGUGCUGCGGCGCAAGGCGGAGCGCAUGAAAAAGAUGGAGCAGGCCGGCAGCAGCAUGGACGAGGUGCUGCUCGAGGAGAUACGAGAGUACAAGGAGACGCUCACCUGCCCUUCCUGCAAGGUGAAACGCAAGGACGCAGUGUUAACGAAAUGCUUCCACGUGUUCUGCUGGGACUGCUUGCGCACGCGCUAUGAGACGCGCCAGCGCAAGUGCCCCAAGUGCAACGCGGCCUUCGGGGCCAACGACUACCACCGGCUCUACCUCUCCACCUAGACCAGCGGAUCAUGG